GCACACAUCAGCAUCAUGACCCGUACUCAGAGAGCUUCCCACCCCCGUGCCCUCGCCAGAGACAGGUCGCUCUCUCGUUCUGGCUUGGACGACCACAUCCAGAAGGGUGGUUCAGGUUCACACAACUGGGGCUCCAUUCGCGACGAAAUCGAGCACUUCGACCUUGGUGAUGAGGACUACGACAUUCCUGAGGAACUCGACGAGUAUCAAUCCGCUGAUGAUACCAGCAGCUCUGUCGCUGCGACCGAGUCGACCGACUUGGGCAGUGCUACUGGCGGGUUGAGGAAGCGUGCGACGAGCAUCAACAUGACGGAAGACGAACUCGUCCGUGCACGUCAAGUUCGCACUCGUUCCUUCAGUGGUCAGAAAGACAUCGAUCUCGUCACCAUCGCUCGCACUUCGGUGCGGCCUCAUCCUCCCCUCCCGUGAUUCAUUCGUCCGUCGUAACAGCGUUAAUCGCAAGUAAUUGAAUCUUAUAAAAUAGCCUACUCGACGCCAAAUAGUUUCAAUCAAUGCCAUCGGCCUCAGCUGUAGUUAAUUGCUCUCUUUUCACCCCCCCCCCUUCCUUCUUCUGGGUAACCCGUCUGCUGCUCCUCACAUGGCACCCAGGAGUUACCUUCGCCUUUCUUGCAUUCCUGUCUCCAAAUAUUUAUUACCCCUAGCGAUGAUCUUGGAGCUGGUCGAG